AUGCCUUAUCUCGAGAACGGAAUCUCAACCCCGCCCUUGGACGCGUUCCAUAAACUGGUAGAUGACCUCAGUGCGGCCCUGGGAACAAGUUCGGGACUGGAUUCCGACGACGUCGAUCCGCUCGACAUCCAGAAGCUGAUGGAAGGAUACACCUCCAACGAGCGAGAGUGGGAGCGCUACGCCUUUGCUGAUGCUAGCAGAGCAUACACGCGGAACCUUGUCGACGAAGGAAACGGCAAAAGCAAUCUGCUGAUUCUUGUCUGGAGCCCUGGGAAGGCAAGCGCUAUCCACGACCAUGCCAAUGCGCAUUGCGUGAUGAAGGCGAGUUCUGAUUGGCUGCCCUAUAUCCUCAAAGGCUCCCUGCGCGAGACCCAGUACGCCUGGCCAGAGGAGGAUAAGCUCCGCAAGGGCGAGCCGUCGCCCUUGACGGUUACCAAGGAGACCCUCUUCUGGGAAAACGAGGUUACCUACAUGUCCGACAAGCUUGGCCUGCAUAAGAUCUCCAAUCCUGAUCCAGAAAAUUUUGCCAUUUCACUGCAUCUCUACAUUCCACCAAACGCAGCUCAUUACGGAUUUUCCCUUUUCGAUGAGAAGACUGGCAAGUCACGACACAUUAAGCAAGCAAUGAUAUUUUCCGACAAGGGCCACAAACUGUAA